AUGCAGUCUGAAGAAGGGGAUUCAAAUAUGAUUUUAUUUCGACGUACGGCCAGGAUGAAACUAAAAAUCGCCGUGGCAGUUUUGGUGUCUGCUCUCGUUUUUGUGUUUGUUUUGUAUUACAUCAACACAGGACGUAAUCCGAUGGUGGAAAUAAAGGGCCGAGUUGGCUCGCUCCUGGCAAAAUAUUCCAACAACGAGCGAGAGGAUGGAAGCCAUGAAUAUUUGACACGAAUGACAAAGACUCACUCCACGCCGAAUCCGUUAUCGGCUGCAAAACAGUCUUUUAAGACAGAUUUAGUGGACGGGAUGGAUGUCUCAGGCGAUGAAAAUCGUCUCUCAUCUAGCGAGGGAAAUGACGCAAUGAAGGGAAAACCCUCAGACCACGAACUUGGACACAUCCAAUUAUUCAACAGUAAACCAGAUCCUCGAAGAAAGAAUGCGUUAGUUGCGAGUGAUAUCGUCGAUUACCGGGAGGGCAUCUUACCAAAUGCGAGGAAAACAUUUUACAGGGAAGUGCGGCCGAAAAACCAGGAUAAUGAAAAAUUCACUGUAUUCUUCCUGCACGGUAUGGGGCUGACCUCGACAGUUUGGAUCAAUAUUGGAACAUUUCAAAUCCUAGCAGAAUUAGGAUACAGAGUUUUAGCUGUGGAUUUACCGGGACACGGGAAUUCUGACAAUGAAAAUAUUCCAUAUUCACGGGAUGAUAUUUUGGGCUAUAUGACAAAUUUAUUCACUGCGUUCGAUCUCCAUCAACCUGUCUUCGUUGCGCCUUCGAAAAGCGGAGAGUACGCCAUGCCUUUACUGAUGGCGUACCCUAACAUCCUCCGGGGACUCGUUGCCAUAGCUCCCUCCAGCACCUCGCAAUACUUUCUCAAGGACUAUGAGAAACUCUUGGUCCCAAUGCUGAUUUUGUUUGGGGAGAAAGAUCCAACAAUGCUUAGCACUUCUUCUCUAGACAGCUUGUGGCAUGUUCCCAAUCGCAAGGUUUAUAUGAUCAGGAAUGCGACGCAUGCGUGUUAUGUAGAUCAUCCUCCAACCUUUCAUAAACUACUCCUCGAGUUUUUGGGCAGAUUGGAUAAAGGAGUUCUUCAUCCUUGA